GCCGUCAUUGGGGGCGGCAUUGUGAACUCUCAUCCCAACAAAAACGAAGCCGAGAGAGACAGAAAUGGCGACUGCAACCAAAUCGGGAAAAAGUGUUGUGCUGCUCUGUGGUGACUAUGUCGAGGACUAUGAGGUUAUGGUCCCUUUUCAAGCACUGUUGGCUUAUGGUGUAUCGGUGGCUGCUGUUUGCCCCGGCAAGAAGGCCGGCGAGGUUUGCCGCACUGCUGUUCAUUAUCUUGCCGGCCAUCAGACAUACUCAGAGUCCCGUGGUCACAAUUUCUCACUGAAUGCAUCAUUUGAUGAGAUAGACCACACCAAAUUUGAUGGUUUGGUUAUACCUGGAGGACGGGCUCCUGAAUAUCUUGCUAUGAAUGCAUCUGUACUGGACCUGGUGCGCAACUUUGUCAAUUCUGGAAAGCCUGUUGCCUCAAUUUGUCACGGUCAAUUGAUUUUGGCUGCUGCCGGGGUGGUUGGAGGUCGAAAAUGUACUGCUUACCCUGCUGUUGGACCUUCUCUUAUUGCCGCUGGUGCAUCGUGGGUUGAACCCGUUACCAUGGCAGCUUGUGUUGCUGAUGGUAACAUCAAUGGGGCUACCUAUGACGGGCAUCCCGAGUUCAUCAGGCUUGUGAAAGCACUGAAAGGCACCAUAACCGGGUCAAACAAAAGGAUCCUAUUUCUUUGUGGGUAACUUCUCGAUUUUAUGGAAGAUUAUGAAGUAACUGUUCCUUUCCAGUCACUUCAAGCUCUAGGGUGUCAUGUAGAUGCAGUUUGUCCUAAGAAGAAGGCCGGCGACUCCUGCCCAACUGCUAUCCAUGAUUUUGAAGGUGACCAAACCUACAGCGAGAAGCCAGGCCAUGAUUUUACUCUAACAGCUAACUUUGAGGGCAUAGAUGCCUCGAGUUAUGAUGCUCUUGUCAUCCCUGGGGGUCGAGCACCAGAAUAUUUAGCACUAGAUGGGAAAGUGAUUGCUAUAGUGAAGAAUUUUAUGGAGUCCAGCAAACCAGUUGCAUCCAUUUGCCAUGGGCAGCAGAUUUUAGCUGCUGCUGGCGUUCUCAAGGGGAAGAAAUGUACUGCAUACCCGGCUGUGAAACUUAAUGUGGUCUUGGCAGGAACAUGGUUAGAACCUGACCCUAUAGAUCGUUGUUUCACUGAUGGAAAUUUGGUUACUGCAGCUUGGCCAGGUCACCCAGAGUUCAUUUCUCAAUUAAUGACUUUGCUGGGUAUUAGGGUUCCUUCUAGUUUAUCCUUGUGUGUAUGUGGCAAAUAUCGUAAAAUCUAUAUGAAUAUGUGAUGCCUUUCAAGCGACUGGUCAAUGCAGUCACAUCACGCAAAAAAGCUACAAACUGGUUAUCUCCUUAGCCCUUUAUUUCCUAGUUUGUAAACGGUUUUCUUUGGUACCAAUAAGCUGGUUAUGGCUGUUUCUAGU